GCUCUCACCCCCCGGUUUUCGCCUCUCUCUCUCUAUAUCACCUGCUUGCUCUUCUCUCUCCUCCGUAAUCCAAGCACAUAAAUGAAUUAGAAUUAAAUAAGCUGUUUCGAGUCCGACACAGAGUCGGUGGAGAGAGAGGCAUUUUUUUCCCAUUUCCAUAACCAAAAAAGCGAUAGCCAAAGUCCAAAACUAAACACCAAAUCCUCUCUUUCUCUCUUUCUCUCUCUCACUCGCGUCGCUAGCAAUUUCUGGCACGCAUUUAACGGAAACAGCGCCGCCGUGCUUGUCAGAUACCGGCGAACCUCCGGCGACAUUUCACCGUGAUGUCAGAUUCUGAUCAGCAGGUGUUGAAAUGAAUGGGAUUCAGAACCGGAAAGGGCAGAAUAUUGAGAAAUUUCCAGGAUGUUUGGGCAGGAUGGUAAACCUGUUCGAUUUGAACACAGGCAUUCCUGGAAACCGGCUGCUUGCUGAUAAACCACAUCCUGAUGGUUCCUCACUCUCAAGGAGUCAAUCUGACGUAGUAAGGAUGUUGAGCCCCUCCUUUGGAGAUCAGAUAGAGGAUAAAGUGGUUGUGUCUGAGUUAAGGAGAACUUUGUCAAACAAGAAAGCUAAUGGAACACCAAUGAAGAUGCUCAUAGCCCAGGAAAUGUCAAAAGAAGUGGAGUCUAAGCAUAAUCCACCCAAUGUGGUUGCUAAGUUGAUGGGACUCGAUGCACUACCCAGGCAGCAGCAUAAUAUAGCUGCACAAAGACGCCAUUCUAAAGGUUCUUCUCGGCAUUCUUUGAGUCAUUCUGAGAUACCAGUGGAAGGCUGGGAGCGAGAUCAAGGCUUUUCGGACAAGCAAAUGCAAUCUAAAGUAAAUCUCUGUCAAGAGCUGAACAAAUACAAAGAUGUUUAUGAAAUCUGGCAACAGUCCCCAAAGACAACCAAUGCAAGAGAUAGCUCUCCACAAAAAGGGGGGUAUAAUGAUAAUGGGAAUGAGAAAAAAAUGGCUCUAGUUCGUGAGAAGUUCAUGGAAGCAAAACAUCUGGUGACAGAUGAAAAGCUUCGGCAGACCAAGGAAUUUCAAGAUGCACUGGAAGUUUUGAGCUCCAAUAGAGAGUUAUUCCUCAAGUUUCUGGAAGAGCCAAAUUCCACUUUCUCCCAGCAUCUCUACAAUUUGCAGUCUUUGCCUUUACCUCCUGAGACAAAGCGUAUCACUGUUCUUAGACCCUCUAAGAUGGUUGAUAAAGAGAAAUUUUCUGGAAUAGGGAAGAUGGGUGACAAACAGACAAACAAACCAGCGCGGAUGGGUCAAGUGACUGGUUGGGAUAGAAAUAACACUGCAUGUUCUCCUCCUUUCCCCAGUCCGAAAGUUGAUGAUUGUCCUUCCCAACCAACAAGAAUAGUGGUAUUGAAGCCCAGCCAUGGGAAGACUCAGGACAUUAAGACUGUGGCUUCUCCAUCUCCCUCAUCACCUAGGAUAUUACAUGGUGAAGAUUUUUACGAGGAACCUGAAGAUGAUGAAGCUCGAGAAUCAAGAGAAAUGGCAAAGGAAAUCACUAGGAAGAUGCGUGAAAAUCUGAUGGGUCAUAGAAGGGAUGAAACAUUGCUUUCUUCUGUGUUUUCCAAUGGUUACAUUGGUGAUGAUAGUUCAUUUAAUAGAUCAGAAAAUGAGUAUGCGGCAGAAAACCUUAGUGAUUCAGAAGUCAUGUCACCAACUUCUAGACAUUCAUGGGAUUACAUCAAUAGGUUUGGUAGCCCUUAUUCUUCCUCUUCCUUCAGUCGUGCAUCAUGUUCUCCUGAGUCCUCAGUUUGCAGGGAAGCAAAGAAGAGGCUUUCAGAAAGAUGGGCCAUGAUGGCGUCAAAUGGGAGUUCUCAGGAACAAAGACAUGUGAGGAGAAGCUCAAGCACAUUGGGUGAGAUGCUUGCUCUUUCUGACACAAAGAAGGUGGUGAGAUCUGAAGAAGAGGGAAGUAAUAAGGAACAGGAACCUAGGGGAUCAACUUCCUGCAUAGUUAGUAAUUUGGAUAAAGAGGAAAGUACAAGUGAUUCUCCCAAGAAUCUUCUCAGGUCAAAAUCUGUGCCUGUGUCUUCUACUGUGUAUGGUGCAAGGCUUAAUGUUGAGGUUUCAGAUCCUGAAGCUGGCAAAGAACAAGUUUCCAAGGAACUGACAAAGGCAAAGAGCAUGAAAUCAUCUUUAAAGGGGAAAGUUUCAAGUUUAUUUUUCUCAAAGAAUAAGAAAACAAAUAAAGAAAAAUCUAGUGGAUCUCAAUUGACAGAUGGAUCUCCAUCUGCAACUCCUGGAACACCAGGGUCACCAGUAAUUCAUCCUCGAAAGAAUAGCAAUGAUGCAUCUCAGUGUGUUAGUGACAGUGGUAUCCAGGAGUGUUUGUCUCCUGUUCUAGGUGAAUCAGCAAGCAAAACUGCCUUACCAGAUUUGACUGGCAUGGGACAGAAACAAGGCAUAAUUUCUAUGGAGGGAGGGUUGUCUGUAGCAAAACCUUCAGUGGCUGUCCAUAUAAGUGAGAAUCAGGACCAGCCGAGCCCUAUUUCAGUUUUAGAACCUCGGUUUGAGGAGGAUGAGGGCUCAAUUCCAGAGUCCUCUGGCAGUAUCAAACCAGUGCACCGAGGACAGGAGGUGCCACCUAAGUCUAACUUGAUUGACAAGUCACCACCUAUAGAAUCGAUUGCUCGCACCCUGUCCUGGGAUGAUUCUUGUUCAGAGACAGUCACAUUAUAUCCAUCAAAACACUCUUCAGUUUCGCCAGGUGCCAGGGAAGAACAGGAUUGGGUUUUCUCUGUCCGAUCACUGUUAUCAGCAGCUGGUCUCAGUGGUGAGGUGCGGUUGGAGUCAUUUAUUGGUAGAUGGCAUUCGCCUGAAAGCCCGUUGGAGCCAUCCUUGAGAGACAAAUAUGGCAACUUGAAUGAUAAGGAGCCUGUGCAUGAGGCUAAGCGACGAGAAUGGAGAUCAAACAGGAAGCUUGUGUUCGACUGUGUGAAUGCAGCAUUGCUGGAAAUCACAGGUUGUGGGUCGUCGGGCCGGGCCCAGAUGAGGGUGAUGGAGGGUGCAUCAGGCCGGUUGGUUGACCAUGUGUGGGGCCGAAUGAAGGAAUGGUUUUCGAGUGAGGUGAAAUGUUUGGUGGGAGAUGAUGGGGACAGCAACAGCCUGGUGGUGGAAAGGGUGGUGCAGAAAGAAGUGGUUGGUAAGGGGUGGGCUGAUCGUAUGAAUUUGGAAGUAGAUAAUUUGGGAAGGGUGAUAGAGGUCACGUUGCUAGAAGAGCUUGUGGAAGAGGCGGUGGUGGAAAUGAGCGGUAGGCUGUCUUGAGGCGUUCCCCUUCUGUGUUUUUUGCCUCUAUUGAUUGUAACUUUAUUAUUUUGUGCAUUUGAUUUUCCGAGAAUGAUGGUCGGUCCUUCCUUCCUACUACUUCCACUGCGCUGCCCACCUUAUUUGUUUGAUGCUGCAGGAAUGUUUAUUGUAUAUCACUAAUGUUAAUCUGAUAAGUUGGUUUAAUUCUCAAGGUUCCCCCACAAGACAACCUCGGUAAUUUUGUGUCUAGCAGCCCCGUCAAUGGAGCUAUUUGUUCCCCGCGGGCUGUGGCCCGCCCCAUGUGAUCUGCCAGCCGUUUGGACGUGCACAAAGGACAAGCCACAACCACCCAAGCCCAGAGUGGAACAUGGGAAAACCAUUUUUAAUUUUACCACACGGUGAAAUUAUAAGAUUUUUACUUGCACAACAAUUAAUCUCAUCCUUUUGGUUGGGGCCUGUCUGUCUAAUUAAAUUGUAAUUUGUUCCUUUGGAAUUGUUUUGGAGUGAUUUUUAAUUGGGGCAA